UCGGCUACCUGUGCAUUUUUAUUUUUUUUAUACCCAAAAUAUAGCAAACGUUGGUUUGGUAAUAUUUAUUGUUUAUCUACGUAUACAAAGGGAUUCACAAUCUCACACAUAACAGAAAAUUAUAGUUAUUUUUUAUUUUUAUUUUCAUAGUUAUUGCUUUAUCAUAUUUUUAUGUUAAAAAGUUGCUGGCAGCAAUAAUAAAAUAAUUAUUGUCAUUCUUCCUAUCGUCAAGGCCGGUGUAAUAGAAACCACUAGGUACUUUAAGCAACAGCUAGUCUUCGUUAUAUUUUUACAUCCUAAUAAAAAUGAGUAACAAUAAGUCGGCGUUGUUUGCUUGCUCAAAGUGUUUUAAGCGACAUCCUUACGAAGAAUUGUCUUCCGGCCAGCAGCUUUGCAAAGAAUGCCGAGGGUCGUAUCCAGUGGUCAAAUGUACAUAUUGCCGAUCUGAAUUUCAGCAGACUGAUAAAUCAAAUACAAGUACAAUUUGCAAAAAAUGUGAACAAUUUGUUGUACAAUAUGGUAGACCUACGGCUUGUAACUAUUGUAAUAUCAUUGCUGCGUUUAUUGGACAAAAAUGUCAAAGGUGUGCUAAUUCAGAACGAAAAUAUGGUCCACCAGUGACUUGUGAUCAAUGCAAACAAAAUUGUGCGUUUAAUAGACAAGACGUAGAAAUUGAAUUACUAGAAGGAAAAGUAUUAUGUUGGUUGUGUACAUUAUCGUUUAAACGGGCCUUAGCCAAGACGAAAAAAUCUGACGCUGAAAUGAAGCAAUUGUCUAGAAAACGUGAUGGGAAAAAUAAACAUAGCAAUGUUAUGAAAUUAAUAGACGAUAGUGGACCGGACUUUGCACUUCCACCACCAUCAAAAAUGCAUAAAAAUUUUCACAAACAUCACAUUGAUUCGAAUUCUUCGGACCACGUAGUUGUCAUUACUGAACUUAGAGAACAAAUAGCUAUGAUACAAAAAUUAUCAAAUCAAAAAGAUUUUCAACUUUUAAAUAAAGAUAAAUUAAUUUGUGAGCUGAAAGCAAAACAUUUUACGACUGAAAAUGAAUUACGCAAUAAGAUGAACUCGGAUAAAAAAGAGUAUAGUAGGGAAGUUGAAAUGUUACACAGUAAAAUUAAGACUUUGCAAAAAGAAGUAGCUACAUUAUCUAAAAGCGGUGGUAAACGUGGUGCACACCUGCGUAAAGAGCAUAACGACAGUGGUAGUGGUACAGACAGUCCAUCAGUAACGUGAAAUGAAUUUCAUAAGUACUGCCAACAUUUUAUUGUUUAUGGUGUGUACUUCGUAAUUUGUUAACUGUGUAUUUCAGUACAUUUAUUUUGUACAAUAAUUACUUAUAUUCAAUGUAUAAUUUUCAUCUACUUCAAUAGUUUAAUUUAAACCCAUGUCAAUGUUGACCUUAUAUCUGGUUCUAACAAUAUUUGUAUUUUUGUAAUUUAGCUGGUUCUUUGAAUUAAUUUUCUAUUGCUCAUUUAGAAUAAUAACAAAUUAAAAAAAAAAAUAGUUAUUUACUGAUCACCAUAUAUUCUGUAUUUUAUUAUUUACAAGCCCUUAUUAUAUUGUUUAAUUAUUUUAAAUUUGUGAUGAGUUUAGUCAUUAACUAAUGUAAUACAAUUUCUGACUACUUAAUAAUAUGACAUCUUAUAACAAUGUAAUAAUUAAAUAAAGUUAAAUUUGAAUAUUUUUGUAAAAGAUUGUUAGACAUUAUAU